CGCUCAACACAACGAGGCACGUUCGUUUCGGUUUGUUUUCACGGUGGAGGCUGAAUGACAGAGCACGGCUGAAGUUGAGUUAAAGUGAGGCGAUUCUGUGAAAAGUAAAGUUUUAACUGUGGGCAGCUGAAGACACAGGGCGAGGAAUUUGUUCACAGACGGGGCAAAACGGUUAACAAAAUGUCUGAGUCUGUCAUCAGAUCGAAACAAGCUCAGAGAGAAGUCAAUGGAAUUCCAACAGAAGUCGUCUGUACAGAGUUCAGUAAUUACAUAUUUGUAGUUCUCACUCAGUAUGGCAAAAUUGGGACAUUGAUCUCUGUCACACCCGACUCCAGAUCUAAUGAUCUAAGCACCCCAACGUUCUCUACAAAAGUACUGCUGGGCAAAGAUGAGCCUCUGACACAUGUCUGUGCCAAAAACCUGGCAAUGUUCGUGUCGCAGGAAUCUGGCAACCGGCCUGUCUUGCUGGGACUGGCACUGAAGGAUUCCUCCAUAGAUGCAAUAAAACAAAUUAAAGAGAUGAUCAAAAGUUGUCAAGUCUGGUAGGAAGUAAUUAAAACGGACAUGAAGCCUGUAGGCGGCGUAAAAUACAGCUCGUCUGGAUACACUGUCACGUUUUAUCUCUGCAUCUUUUUUUAAAAUGAAACUCCUCCAAAAAGUAAUCUGAUUAAAACAAUUAUGUCUCCAAGACAUAAAUGUGCAGAGCAGAUUGUCUUCCACAAAACAUAAUUUAUGAAACGCAUAAUUAACUGUUUGUUAAAAAGAAAGAUUUUCUGCAUGUUGUUUUCCUUUCAAAAGCUCAAAGUGUGCUAAGUGAUGGUUUGCAAAAUGAUGUCAUCGCUGUAUAUUUUUUUCAUUAUUAACACUCUGGAUUAUUUUUGUCAUCAUCCUCAGAACUUUGUACUUUUGUGAAAAAAAGCCUUUUAUAGAACAUAUGAUUCAUUUGUAUUUAAAGAUGCAUAUGAGCUUGGUUAAGAUAAGAGCCUUGGUUUUGUCAAGUACAUUUUGUUAUUCAUUUGUUUCUAUAACAUCUCACUACUUGAGCUUUGAUAUUAGAACAAUAGCUAACUUUUAUAUGCAUUAAAUGUAAUUAAUAUGCUCAA